UGAAGAACAUCGGGAACUGGGAUUGAACACGUGUGAAUGGCUGUGGGGCACUCCGCUAAGCCUGAUGGUAAGAGCCCAGUAUUGGCCAGCUAGGUCUUCACAGAAGUCAUUUGAAGCAGAGACCCGGAAGGGCUAACUAUGAAUUAAUUGCCCAGAGUAGGGAAGAGACUGAGAUGCUUUGAAAUUCAGCCCUGAGAGCAACUAUCAUCAUAGCAGAGAGAGUCAAAAGUGAUUAAUAGUAAGAAACUAAGAGGAGGAAAGACUGAAAUUAUCUAUGACCUCAGUAGGAAGAAAACUCCAAGGACAAGCAGAUAAACCAACAAGGAAGACAUUAACAGCAGAAGGAAAAUUGUCCUCCAUAUCUGGUAAAAAAAAAAAAAGUAAAAUGUCUACAAAUAAAUGCUACAAGACAAAGGAAAAUUUUUCCAUCCUUGAGGAAGCAGAGGACUCUGUGGGUUUCAAGGAAAGCAUGGAAUCUCAGCACGCCGUUCCUGAAUUGCUGAAAAGAAAAAAAAAUAAUUGUGAGGGAAGAAUAUAUGGCCUUCAGUAGAUAUGAUUGGCAGAAUAGAAAGAUGUAAACCAAUGGUGGCUGGUCUCACCAAAGAAACAAGAGACAAAAACUGAUUGGGAAUGCAAAUACAUGGAACUGGAGACCAUCUGGAAGAAGAAAAGCAGGGAUAAUAUGCAGAAAGGAACGGAAGCUCUGUCCUCAUUCCACAGUCGACAACGCUCCUCCGUAGCAGCCGGAACAAGACACCUCCUCGGACUUUUGGGGAAACCUCCUUGGAGAUCCAUCUCCCUCUGGCUGCCCUCGUGCAGCUUGGGAGCGUUCCCUGGCUUUUAACAACGUAUCCCAAGAAGAGGACCCUCCCAGCGAGAAAACCGAGGUUGGGUCGGACGUGAAACCCUAAAAGCGCAGAAAUCCUUCAGCCCCUCCAUUGCCUUCGGAUCCCAAGAACCAGCAGCCGCGGCUGUGCCUGAGGACGGAGUUUUGCUCUUGAACUCGAUGGAUCUGAACUUUGGGCUGCAGAAUCAUCAGUGCGGCUGUUGGGAGAUCGCUACGUGCUGAUCUCCGGCAAGGGACGGCUGCUAAUUAUUAUUAUUAUUAUUAUUUUUGUGGGGGGUGACCAAUAGCUGGGCGCUCGGCACAAUGUUUCUUGCCACCUUGUACUUCGUGCUGCCGCUCGUGGAUAUCCUUUUGACAGCCGAAGUCAGUGGCGGGGACCAUUUGGACUGUGUGAAAGCCAGCGACCAGUGUCUCAAAGAGCAGAGCUGUAGUACCAAGUACAGAACCCUGAGGCAGUGUGUGGCGGGCAAAGAGACCAACUUCAGCCUGGCAUCUGGGCUGGAGGCGAAGGAUGAGUGCAGGAAUGCUAUGGAGGCUCUGAAGCAAAAGGCACUUUACAAUUGUCGGUGUAAGAGGGGCAUGAAGAAGGAGAAGAAUUGCCUGCGCAUUUAUUGGAGCAUGUACCAAAGCUUGCAGGGAAAUGACUUGCUUGAAGAUUCCCCAUAUGAACCAGUUAACAGCAGAUUAUCAGAUAUAUUACGACUAGUCCCACAUAUGCCAGAUGUUUUCCAGCAAGUGGAGACUAUUUCAAAGGGGAACAACUGCCUGGAUGCUGCUAAAGCCUGCAACCUCAAUGACACCUGCAAGAAGUACCGAUCAGCGUACAUCACCCCUUGCACCACCAGCCUGACCAAUGAAGUCUGCAACAGGAGGAAGUGCCACAAGGCCCUGCGGCAGUUUUUUGACAAGGUUCCCCCCAAGCAUAGCUAUGGGAUGCUCUUCUGCUCCUGCCAAGACAUAGCCUGCACAGAGAGAAGACGGCAGACCAUUGUGCCUCUGUGUUCUUAUGAGGAAAAGGAGAAGCCAAACUGUUUGAAUUUGCAGGAUUCCUGCAAGACGAAUUACAUCUGCAGAUCUCGCCUUGCGGAUUUUUUCACAAACUGCCAGCCUGAAUCACGGUCUGUUAGCAGCUGUCUAAAGGAAAACUAUGCUGACUGCCUUCUUGCCUACUCUGGGCUUAUUGGCACGGUGAUGACACCUAACUAUAUAGAUUCUAACAGCCUCAGUGUGGCCCCAUGGUGUGACUGUAACAACAGUGGUAAUGACUUAGAAGAAUGCCUGAAAUUUUUGAAUUUCUUCAAGGACAACAUGUGUCUCAAAAAUGCAAUCCAAGCCUUUGGCAAUGGCUCUGAUGUGAACGUGUGGCAGCCGGUCCUCCCCGGACAGACCACCACAGCCACGACCACAACAACCUUCAGAAUCAGGAGCAACAAGUCUCUGGGCUCAGGGUCAGAGAAUGAAAUCUCAUCCCAUGUUUUGCCACCUUGUGCAAACCUACAGGCACAGAAGCUAAAAUCCAAUGCUUCAGGAAAUCCACACCUCUGCCUGGCUGAUCGGGAUUUUGACAAAGACAGAGCUGGGGGCUCCAGCCAAAUGGCCUCAGACUCAGCGGCUACGCCUACGAGUGGGAGGCUAAGCAAAUUCACGAUCCUGGCCAUCAUCGCAUUGAAGACCUUCUUGUCCAUAAGUCUGGCAGAAACAUUGUAGCCCUACUAACAAACAAACAAAACAACCACAUAUGGACGUGUACAAAAACAAAACAAAAAAAAAGCCGUUUCCUGUUCUUUGUUGUCUCUCUGAAAUUCCAGUUUUAGGAGCUAAGUUGAAGCAGUCUGCUAAAAGAGUUUCAUUCAACUGGAAUUUUUUUUUUUUUAAAGAAAGUUUCUUGUGAUAUUUAGGGGGCCUUUGUGGAAUGCUUGAUGCAGUGCUGCAUUCCAAACCCAAAAGGCUUUUGAACAUGCUGUAUUUUAAAGAGACAGUAUGUAAAUUUGGCUAUAAAACAAAUAGGCUUUUUAUUAUUAAUUAAUUUUUAAAUGGUUUUAACCCUGGCCUUUAUUUUUAGGGGGGACUAAGUUUGUUUUCCUCCCUAUUUCACUGAACAGCUUUGGUUUUAAAUUAAGCAAACUUCAGACUUACGGAGAUGACAGGCUUUUGUCAAAAGUUCUCACCAAGAGUGGACUUUAUGAAAACAUUUCCUUCUCAUAGACUGCUACUGAUGUUAAGCUUUCUAAAUGUAUUAGCAUCUUCCUUCUCAAUGUUUAUGAACUCUUAAGUGGUUUUGCAUUCUCUCCUGCUAAAACAUGGUAUGUCACAUACAGAUGUAAUGUAUGUUUCUCAGUUAUGAUUUCAUAAAAAAGGGGGGUGGUGGGAGUUUGCAACUUGCUAACGGUAUGUUAAUCAUUUAAAUACAUUCAUCUAAGCCUUAUAUGGGUGAGAAUUCCUUAAACUAACAAAGAGUCAGACAUAAUGGAAGCUUAACUCUAAUAAUCUUUACAUUUAUGAGAUUAUAUAUAGAAACAAAUUUUACUAAAUGGUUUCAAAUGUUGGCUUUCUAUAUUUUGGACCUAAUAAUACUAUCCCCAUUUUUUACUGUUGGUUUAAUACAAAAUACAUGGAGUUAAUUUCCCUCUCAUAGAACGUUUUAUCUGCCUAUGUUAGUAACACUAUAAAUAUAACUCCUUAAAAGCAGAAUUCUAGGAGCCUUAUGCUUUAUCAGAAAGCUCUGCAUCACAUUAUGGUAGACAGGAGCAGGGGGGAAACAGAGAAUCCUAAAGCUUAAUCAUUGACCAUUCAUGUAGAUAUGCUAGGAGUCUCAUCUGAAGGGGGGGAUGUCGGUCACUUAACAAAAUGGUCUAGGUCUAAUGGCCACAUUGCUAGUUCAUGUAAUGUAAUGAUUCUGGAUUUGUUUCCCUUAACAAGGACAGCCUUUACUGGAUGAGGCAAAAUUCUCUGCUCUAUCCUUCAAGAUCAGCACAGUUCCUUUCCUGAGGGUUGUCUUUACCUUUAACUGUGACGGCUUAGUUACUCUUACAGGCAGUUAUGUCUAAAUGAUCCAGAGUAAUCUAGUUUUAUUGAGUUGCAUCUCUUCCCCCUUCCUCCCCCUCCCCCCCCCAUUCUCCUACCUCUUCCAUGACAGACGAUAACGGAGUUAAGGCAAAAAGUUCAUUAUGUUGGAUUUAGAGUCCUGAAGUAAAACUUCCACGGUAAUAUACUGGGUCCAUCGUGAUUGUUUAGUUACUAUAGGACAAAGAUAAAAAUAGGGACCCUUAAAUUACAAAGUACAGGGCUGCCUCAGUGUAGAGAAAAGCUGCAUAAUGUUGGCAAAACAUCGGGUCCAUAGAUCUACACGUUCUCUUCUAUAAUUCUUUUUUUAUUAACCUGAUACAGUUCUAAAGUAGGUUUUUGAGACCUGGGUAUUUUUGAGGUAAAUUAGAUCCAAGGUAUAUUCUGAUAUGUUUGUAAGACUGUGCACCCCUCUAGACAGAGUAAACUCAGUAACAGCAUUUCUGUUUGAUUUAAUGCUGAUAAAUUGGAGUUUUCUUUUGAAUUCAGCAGAGAGGCUUUGGGGGAAGAAAUCCACACUUGGUGCAUGCCAUCUUAGCAUACAUAGUCCCCCGCCUUCCACUCAUGCUGCUGUUUUCCUCCUGAGUGUUGAUCAAAUUAUUGAAAGGGGAAAAAAACUAAUGGUGAGAAAGAAGAAGAAAUGUCUUUUGUGCAACCAAGGUAAAGACCUAGUUUUUCAAGUGUAAUUGAGUUAGAAGCAUAUUCAUACACAAAUGCUUUUGAAUGCAUAGUUCUAACCAUAAUUGCCAACAUUCUUCAGUAGCAAAUGGUCUUGAGAUAAACUUGAUGCCUAUUUGAUCUGUGAAAACUUCCUGAAAUAUACUGCUUGGAACGAACACAUUAAGUGUGUUGAAAUAUCUGGAAGACUAACAAUUAGUAAAUAUCUCUUAAAGAACAUAUUUUGCUUUAAUUACGCUAUCUUUGUAUCUACACUCAGCUAAUUACAUAUGGGUCUGAUGCAGUGUAGGCCACUAUAAAACGCUAUUGAUUACUUCUGCUGUAAACAGCAGCUCUAAUUAGCUUCAGAUGACCAAAGAGGAAAUGGCAGUUAUCAGAUCUAACAAGGGUCGCCUUCAGUAAUAAGCUCAUGGAUAUAAAACAGACAUAAAUUAUAUUUUGAAAAGCCUCAUCUAUCACCAACAAGAAAGUUCUUGUUUUUCUUCAAAGCCAAAAGCAUAUGAUAGUUUCCAAAUCCUUAAUUUGAAAAUAAAUUGCUUAUUAAACAAACAGGAUAUGGGAAUGGAUUUUGCAUGUCCAAUCUUUUAUUGAAGUUCUUCUGGACUUAAGGCAGUUGAGAUUGGCAUAAAUUCUUUCUAGUUGAAUGUGACAUGAGUGAUGUCAGCUUAACAGGGUAACCUUGUCAACACUGUCAUUUGCACCAGCCCUGGAGUAAGCAAAUGACGUAGUUCUUUUCCAUUGAUUGUCUCCAUUGAAUGUUGACAAAUAAGGGCCCAGAAAACUCAAGUGUCUCCUCCCUUAGUUUUUAGCUUAUGUGUUUUUGGAGCCACCAAAUAUGAUAGUUAGCCAUUGGAAUAGGGGAAGAAGCAAUCGAUUCAAGACUGUAAGUGCACUGGAAGUUUCUAGGAUGAGGCUGAUUUUAAACAGGAACUAAUAAAUAUUUAGGGCAAGUCCCAGAGUCAGGAAAGUCCUGCUGCCCUUUUUGGUUCAAAAAAACAAAACAAAACAAAACAAGCAGUUCUGCUAAAGGAAUUAGAAGCACAGUCCAAUUUGACAUUGGCUUUAUUUGACCAAUUUUUAGUAUCUCAAUUAUAGCACACAAAGGAAAAAAAGAGUGCACAAUGUAAAGUGGGGAUGCAAAAUGCUGACCACAUGCCUAUUUUACCAUAUCUGUUUUGUCCAAACCAUUAAUAGAAAUCUAGGAUGAGAAUUACAGAGAAUAUUUUUGGUUAAGAGUAACAAUUGUAUGUCUAUUACAUAUAGUUAUUUGACUGGGUGGUUUCUAUUUUAAAUGUAAAAAGAAAAUCUUUCUUCUGAAGUUAGCACAGAGCAUUAGAUACCAUGUCUGGGAGUUCGUAAAUGACUGUGCAGUGCCCCUUUCAGAACUGUCACCUUUAAUUUGGUCUAUAUUAAGACCAGUUCCUAUCUUAAAUGUACACAGAGGGUGGGUAGUCUCCAUUGCAUCCUAGGCCCCACAUGCUACUCUCUUCUCCAAAUCAGAUACUCCUUCCUAAACACUCCAUCUGCUGAACAAAGGAAGUGGGAGAACUGAAGCACUUUUGAAUCAGUGUGAGUACUCGGUGGGGGGAGGGAGAAGAGAUGUGGGAGCAGUGGGAGUUCAUAUAAUUAGCAAAAUCUUUUCUUAGAUUCCAGCUUUAAAUGGAUUUCUGUUGUUGUUUAUGAAAUAGUGGCCUCAGAAGAGCUGCUUUUCCAAAAAUAAGUUCUCAUUCAUGUCGCCAGGCAUAUACUACUUAUUUGAAAAAUAAACCAUAUGAAAGAAAGUGUCACUUGAGUAAAUAACAUGGGCUUAUAAAUUCCCAUACAACCUAGUUUUUGGCCCCUGUUGAUCAGUUUCCCUCCCAACAUUCUCUGUCUUACCUCUGUGAUGUAUGGUAAAGGUAAGCCAGACCAAGAAACUAUCUUCCAGGUUCAAAGUGAAUAAACAAUAAUGACUUAGAGUAUUGGUCCAAAAAACUGAAGUGGUCAGAGCACCAGCAAGGGUAAACUGAAGUCAUUCCAGAGAUUUCUGUGGGAAAGGCAUAGUAUUUGCCAAGGAAAGGAAACUUUAAGAUGGGAGAAAGAGCAUCAGGAUGGAACACUGAAUGGCUGGCAAAAUCACUGGUCCAGGAGUGAAUGUAUCAUACACCCGUGAUAAUAUUCCUCAUUGCUUAGGGUUGGCAACUUACACCCAACAAAAUAGAGGGAAGGUUACCUUCUUUGAAAACUGAAAGCCCUUUUGAGGAAGGCGUAAACAAAUAACUGAUGAACUUAGGGUUAACUGUUCUUGUUUCAGAGCUUUGAAAAUAAAACAAAAUCAAUUCUGUUUGUAGGUUUUUAGAAGCUCAGGGUUUUUUUUGUUUGUUUUCCCCAUCAUCCUCAAGAUAGCCCUCAAGUUUUAACUGAUAAUUCUUGCCAUUGUCUGCUUCACUUAUGGAUAGUAGGCAGCCUUAUUCUUAAGAUGCCAGGUAUUUUAAACCAAUUUGCCAGAUUCUUAUGAUUCUCCACUGCAGAAUUCCUGAACUGCGUGCUUAUGCUUCAGUCCAAAUGGGUUUGGCUCAGCUCGUGAUCAUUUUUCCAUAAAACAUCUGAACUAUGGAAUUGGCGUAUAUUAUCUUGUUAAUGGGAUGUGCACCAUGGGUGGCAAAAAUCAGUCAACUCCCCAUGAAAUUUCAUCUAGAUAGAUUUGCUUUGUUUCUUCUGAAAUUGGUUAUUGACCUUUCUGGUUGUCUACUUGAUUUGCCUUCUUCCCCUUUCCAUUUCCCCUACUGGCCUAAUUUAGUUUCUCUCUCCUCGAAGUUCUGUUCUCGUGUUAACUCUGAAGUUAGGCCUAAUCAAACAUAUACCAGAAUCCUUUUGCAUGCUUAGUCUUGGCUCCCUCAAAGCCUGUCUGCCAUCUCUUUUUAGGAGUAAGGGUGUAAUCCAUCUUUCCCAUACAUCAUCCCAGGAUAGGAGAUUGGCUCUGAAAUCCUAACCAGGGAAGUCGCAUCAGCACCAUCACUGAACUGGUUUGACAUUGUCCUUAAUUUGAUUGCAGUGGAUUUCUGAACGGGAGGGAAUUCUUGUUAUUGAUAAGACAGUGGUCAAACAUUCACAGACCUGAAAUCUUCCUAAAUGUUGUCCAUACUACAGCACAUUGGGAAUAGAGCAAGCCUUGGCCAUAUUUAUUUCUGUAGACUAGGGAAAAAGGAAACAUCCUGAUAUUCAUUCAAGGUCUUGGUCUCUGAAGGUCUCCAACCUCGUUUGACCAGCACAGCUGUGACUGAGGCUGCUCGCCUCUAGCAGGUGCCAAUAGCAGCAUCCUGUCAUGCUGCCAUGUGGAAUUCAUUUUUGCCAAGGGCAGCUGCCAAGCCCAAUAGCCAGCUUAAGUAGGAGGCUUUCUCUGAUUUGACCUCUUUUCCUAACCGAGCCAGAUUCCUUUGCUUCCUUUUUGCCAUUUGCCCAUAAUGGAAGAAGAUUGGCUUAGACAUCUUGGGUGAGGAUUAGAUGAUGUUCCGUCAUACGGGCACAAGCAACAUGCCUUGUCUCCAAAUUCUCCUUCCUCCUUGACCUUGCUCUUCCCAAGAAGACUUCAUUGGAUCUUAGAAGAAAUCAUAUUAAGGCAUCUCUGUACCAUCCAGCUAGCAUUGAGCUCAUACAUUGUGGUUUUGAAUUUUCAUACCUGAGGUCCACAAGUCAAUUUAAGUGUGAAUCUUGGUGGGGUAGGAAAGGUGGGUUAGACAGAGGCAAGAGAUCUAAGACGCUUGAAGUCGACCUAGUUUGACUUCCUUUGCGUACCCCAUACUCUGUUGAACAGUGCCAGCUAAAAGGUGCUUUCAGUCCCUGACAGGAGCUGAGCUCUGAAGAGGUAAUGAUCUGCAGGGCUUUUCAUCUUUAACUCAUGAGAUCAAAUCCAGAGCAGCCUGGAAAAGGGAGAAGAAAGGCCUAAUUCCCCAAAGACCUCCAGUGGGAGGGGGAAGGGAUAUCUGCAAGUCAGACAACCAGCUCCCCUGCUGAGGAGAGAAAUUGAGCAAGCAGGCCUGCUUAUAGCUUUGGAAGUCUGAUUCCCUCCUGAACUCAUGACUGCUGAGGUAGGGAGUAAGCUGCCCAUGUGGAAGGAAGGGCAAAUGUCUCUUCUCUGGUCUUUUGCACAGACACUAAAUUGCCUUUAUAAUUACCUUAUGAAUUUACUUUUUAGAGUUUGAGUCUCUGCGAGAAAAGUCCAACCAAGCUUGCCAGCCACAGCCACUAACCUAUUACAGGCAGACACAGAGCAGGGGCAGUCAUAUUUGCCCUUAACGAUGAACCUAAAGUGAAGGCAGCCAUAACAACCCCUGAAUCACUCCACUGAGCCUUUGGGAAGUACAAAUUCUGCCAAGUCCAAAAGCCAGUGGAGCUGCUGAAGCCAUAAGGUAAUAGGAAGUUAUUUUAUCAGAAACCACUUCCCCACCCCCCACCCCCUGUCCAGUGCAAAGCAGCACAUAAGGAAAAACCUGAGAAAGUAAAAUAAAUUUUGAUUGGAGUGGCAGCAAACCCACAACUGUGAAAUGAUACUGCCUGGUGUGCAGAGAUGCAACUUGGACCUAGCAUAGUAAGAAUUAAGUUUAAAAAAUUCUGACAAGGUAAAUAGAUAGCCUAGACUUACAAGGGAGGUGGGAAGGUUACCAGUGUCUUGGAAAUGACUGAAGGUUGUCAGCCAGGAUCUCUCCAGUCAUCGCUCCUGGUGAAGGUGCUGGAUUUCCCUUCAGUGUGUUGGCAUCUAACUCCAAGGCUUAGCAGUGCUCACAAUGGGAUGCUCCUCAGGUUGCAGCUGGUGGGAGUGGGAGUGGGCACAUGAGACAGAGGGUUAUGGGAAACCUGCAUUCUCUCCCUGGCGUGUUAAGUGUGCUUGAUCUGGAAUCUGGCUUUCUAUUUUCCCCUUUUCUCUGGAGGCACUUCUGAAUGCAGAAAAGGAAACUGAUAAAGGUGGACUGACUCCCAGAUUGCUCUGCCUCAUUUGGCUGUGGUCUAACUCUAUCAGGCAGUGUUUUGGAUAUGCUCCAUGCUUUUGUUUUCUGGAUAUUCAAAGAUUCAACUUAAGGGGGCUGAAGGAAAAGCUUCAGAAGAAACAAAGCCCAGUGUAGGGCACAGGGUGGGAUGAGUGGAGAGUUUCAGUUUCUCAACUAUUUAAUCUUUUCUCCCCUCUUCUUCCCCAUCUGCCAAAGACCUACUGGCACUACUUUUACUUAAUAUGGGGCUUACAAAGUGGUGUGUGCAUGAUCCUUCAAUAUUGAAACAAUUGGCCCUAUUUAAUCCAGCUCAUGUGGAGAAGUGAUGUGAGGUAUCCAGACGUUUUUUUUCCUUCUGAAUGGAUGUUUUUGGAUCUCCUCUAUUUGGGAGUAUGUCCACGUUUUUGUUCUGUAUGAUACAGGUUGGCAAGAACUACAGUGUAGGGAGAGGAGAAUAAGGAAUCUGAAAUGGGUCUAUGUUGUGAUGAAAUCCCCAGAAAGGGGCCUACUUGCUCCCACCUCCAUCGGUACCCAUGGUAUGGUUUGGAGGUGAUGUCUGCAGUGUCCACAAUGAUUAGAGCCUGCAGACUGGGAGCUUAUUCAUUGCUUUUGUUUCUGGUAUUUAUUUUAUACCACCUACUAACCAAGUACCUCCAUUUCUGGAGGACCCUAUACGCUUCCCUUGUUCUCUUGUGUAUAUUCUAUAUAUGCUGUACUAAGGAACUCUGUAGAUUUCCCCAGGAUUGUUAUACUGUAUGAAGUCUUCUCACAGCCAUUUUGCAAGGUACUUUAUUGCCAAUACCCACGGAAGAGGGUUUAGUGUGGAAAAAAGGACUAUGGAAGUGAUUUUGUGAUGUUUGAAUUUUCUGUUAGUAUAUUGCUCAUGCACUACAAACUGUACAUAGCACCUUUCCCCACCCCCAAAAUAUCCUAAUAAACAUUGUUUUCUUUUUUUAAAAAAAAAAAA